AUGCGGGAAUACGAAGAUGGUAUGGGUAACCAGUUCAGUAUCAUCAGAAAAGGGUUUGGUGGGGAUAUAGUACAAUUCGAACAAGAAAACCCAAGUUUACUUACCGUUACAUCACGCAAACCAACUACACCAAAACCUACCAAACAAAACAUUCUUCUGGGAUACAAACUUGAACGAUCAUCGGAAAAAUCGGCCAGGGUUAACCCUG